AUUCCCGAUUCCCAGCCACAAAACAUAAUUACACGGCACCUAAAAUAAAGGCAGGCACAAUGACCCGAUUCCGCCCCUGCAUCGACCUCCACGCCGGCGCGGUAAAACAGAUUAUCGGCGGUACGCUGUCUACUUCCUCCCCGAACACGCUGAAGACGAACUUCGUAUCGACCCUCCCCGCGGAACACUUCGCGAAACUAUACAAGGAGAACAGAUUAGAUGGGGGACAUGUCAUAAUGCUUGGACCGGGGAAUGAGGAGGCUGCCACGCGGUCGGUGGCGGAGUGGAGGGGGGGGUUACAGGUUGGAGGCGGGGUGAGGGGGGAUAAUGCUGCGAAGUGGAUUGAGAGGGGGGCGGGGAAGGUGAUAAUAACAUCGUACCUCUUCCCCUCCGGCGCCUUCUCGCAGGAGCGCCUCGACGAGGUGCUUGCUGGGCUGGGUGGGGACAAGGAGAAACUCGUUAUUGACCUGAGUUGUCGCCGAAAAGAUGGGACGUGGUUCGUGGCUAUGAACAAGUGGCAAGAUUUGACAGAUAUGGAGAUCACUGAAGAAUCAAUCAAAUCCCUCGAACCCUACACCUCUGAAUUCCUCAUCCACGCCGCCGACAACGAAGGCCUCCAACGCGGCAUCGACACCGACCUCGUCCGCGCCCUCGGCUCCUGGUGCUCCAUCCCCGUCACCUACGCCGGCGGCGGACGCAGCAUCGCUGACCUCGAGCUCGUCAAGAGCUUGAGUGGCGGGAAGGUCGAUCUCACGAUUGGGAGCGCGCUGGAUUGCUUUGGAGGUGCGUUGCCGUUCGAGGAGUGCGUGGCAUGGAAUCGGAAGCAGGAGUCGGAGGAGGGGAAGUGA